AUGAAUCUUACUUGCCUCCGCAAACACAAUCCCAAUGUUUUCCGUCAAUUAGACCCCCACGUCGACCCAAUCUACCUCCAAACACCACACCGACCCCAAAAUGCGCUCGCACGUUCCCUGAUUAUCCCACGCACCCAUCCUUCCCACAAUCCUACUCAUAUCUACAACGACUGCCAGUCCUGUGAAGACGAUCCACGAACUGGCGCUCAUUACUGCCGUACUUGUAUCGAAGCUCAAUAUUAUUCACUCCAAUCUCAAUCUUAUUCACAAUCUCAGAUUCAGGAUGUGUACUAUACUACGUGCGAAUGUCCGCAUUGUGAUAGUGGUUUGAACUCCUAUACGAAUAGCGCGAGAGGGUGUGCGAGGGGUGAUGGAAGAUGUUCAAGCAUAAAUAUGGAGCCAGUCGCCCAGCAAUUACAUAAUACAGGAAGAUACGCCCAUCUGUCUCCCAGGCGAAGUGCUUAUAGAGACGUCGGAUUACUUGGUUCAGGUACAUGUUUAGGCGCCGCAGGUGGAUUGAGUGGCUUGAGUAAUGUAGGUGGCCUCGGAAGUCUGGGUGCUCUUAGUGGUUUUGGGGGAAUGAGGGAUAUGAGAGAUGCAAGGCAUCACGGCGGAAGAUGUGGGUUACAAAAUAAUCGGCUUGCAUAUCGGAUUUGA